AUGUUUGGCGCCCCGAAGGGUGGCCAUCUUGGCGGCGGCGCGGCGGCCGGUUGCCCCGGCGGCGGAGCCGGUCCUGCGGCCGGGACGGGGGUUGAGGCCGGCGCCGCGGGUUGCGGUACGAUGUGGCGGCUCCGCUGCAAGGCCAAGGACGGCACCCACGUGCUGCAGGGGCUGUCCAGCCGAACCCCCGUGCGGGAGCUCCAGGGCCAGAUCGCCGCCAUCACCGGGAUCGCCCCGGGCGGACAGCGAAUCCUGGUGGGAUACCCGCCCGAGUGCCUGGACCUCAGCAACGGGGACACCACGCUGGGGGACCUGCCCCUGCAGUCAGGUGACAUGCUGAUUGUUGAGGAAGAACCAACCAGGCCCCAGGCUUCGCCUGCAUUUACGAAACACGGUGCUUCCAGUUAUGUUAGGGAAACACCACCUGUGCUCACCAGAGCCUCCGUUCCCGCGGACAACUCCUGCCUCUUUACCAGCGUGUACUACGUGGUGGAAGGAGGGGUCUUGAACCCAGGUUAUGCCCCUGAGAUGCGACGCCUCAUAGCACAGAUUGUCGCAGGUGACCCUGACUUCUACAGCGAGGCCAUCCUGGGGAAGACGAACCAGGAGUACUGUGACUGGAUUAGAAGGGAUGACACCUGGGGGGGCGCCAUAGAGAUCUCCAUCCUAUCUAAGUUUUAUCAGUGCGAGAUCUGCGUGGUGGACACCCAGACAGUGCGCAUCGACCGCUUCGGGGAGGAUGCAGGCUAUUCCAAGCGCGUCCUGCUCAUCUACGAUGGCAUCCACUACGACCCGCUGCAGCACAACUUCCCCGACCCUGACACCCCACCUCUGACCAUCUUCUCCACCAGCGACGAUGUUGUCCUUGUGCAGGCGCUGGAGCUGGCAGAGGACGCGCGGAGGCGGCGGCAGUACACCGAUAUCCGCCACUUCGCCCUGCGCUGCAUGGUGUGCCAGAAGGGCCUGACUGGCCAGGCAGAAGCCCGGGAUCAUGCCAGGGAGACGGGCCACACCAACUUUGGGGAGGUGUGAACGAUGCCCAGGGGACCGACGCCGACUACCUCACAGACCCAGAAGGCUCUGGGCUGCCGAUAAGCUACUCCUGAUGCUGACGAACAAACAGGACGCGAUGCUUGAACCACCCUUUGGGCUUAAAAUCACUAAGAGACCGAAAUUCCUUGUUAAGAUUAAAAUCAGUGUGCAAGUUUACAGACCCGUUCCUGCAGUGGGGGUCCACGCCCCCUUCCUGCUGGGCACACGCUAACAGCCCUUGCUACCUGCUGACACUACCCUGAAGGUUGGGUGUAGUGGCACAAGCUGGCGCCCAGCACUGGUCACUUCUAGAAGAACUCAGCUUUGUGUGGGGGGGGGCGGGGGGCGCGGACUGGGAGGGCUAAUGGGAAGGCCUCCUGUGAAGCCACCGGACAGAAGCCAGUGUCCCCGGUGGUUGAAUCCUUUUAAAAACGGAAUUCAUGGUUUCUGAACUGUGAAGUGAUUCCUCCAAUGAAGACCUCAGACUUGUCCGAGUUGGUUUCACUUUGCUGUUUAGUAGACUUUAAAACGUGCUUGGUGAUAAGUACGUGACAAGCGUUUUCAUGAGGGGGGGGGGUUCUGUUCCUGGGGAAAGGGAAUCACCUCUCUGAGGUGCCCAGGGCAUCGGUCCUGGCGUCCACAGCAGAAGGUGUGAGGGGAUGGUGCCUGAGCAACUCCGUGAAGCUUUAACAGACCUUCGGCCUCCCGUGCCGGUGCUGCUCGCUGUCAUCUCUGUCACGUCGGCUAAGAUGUUAAAUUUAAGCAGGUAUGAUUGCUUAAUUGAAUGCCUUGAAAUUUGAGUGCUUGAUUUUUGCUUUUUCCAUAAAGAUUUGCGUGGAGGGAUUUGAUUUUCUCUGCAUUUUGCUUGGAGCCCUCCUUCAGCUCCUGAAGACAGCCUGGGUCAGCAGCGAGAGCGGCUGCCCAACUUGCCCGGUGAGCUCUCCUGCAGCCUGGACAGUGUGUCCUCCCUGGCCCAGCCUGCCGCGCGAUUGAGUGACUUCACGUGCUGCAGAUGAGCACUUUGCUUGUGCAGUCUUCUGGCAAUGGAGAAGUUUUAAGUAACUGGGAUGAUAAUAUUGAAUUUUUCUCACUUCUAAAGAUGACCGCUUUUAAGUCCUUGCCUUACUCAGCUUUUGGCGACUCCCGCCUGCCCUGGUGGCCAUGGACUUGUGGCCCUCUCGGGCAGUCCCCCUGCCACACCUUCCACAGCUUAGCUUCCGUGUGAGCUCUUCCAGAUAAACGUUUUCUACCUCUUAAUUCUUUUGAAGUUCAGGGAUGCUAAAUUAUGAAUCACUAUGUAUUAUCUCAUACAAUGUUAAAAGAGGCUUGAGGUUGUCGAGUUUGUCAUGUUCAUCUCAGUGUUGACACAGCGUCUUGCUGAGGGAGCCUAUGUAAACUCCUAGCCCUCGCGUCUCACCACACCUCCUUGGCAAAUUUUGUGAAAUGGACAUUCCUUUUAGCACUUUCACUCAAUGAAGACGGCUAUAUAAAAGUUAAAAAUCUGUCAUUGAUGGAGGAGGGUGUCCCUUCAAGGACCAAGCCGUGAGGUGUGUCUGGGCCCCAAGGUGACAUUUCUUGGCCUUGUGUGUGACUCGCCUCUUUGGGCACGUGAGGUAUUCCCAGUGAUGGACCAUACGUGUCUCCUCUUCUGAGCCUUAAAACAGCACUUGUGACCUUGCACACUUGGUGUCUGGCAGCCGCCAUCUGUACAGAGGAACCGGAUUGAAAAUGCCAUCUGGCUCAAAUGGUGGUUGUGUCUGUAUUUCCCCCAGAAAAUCAAUGGGAAGCUUGAGAGUGACCAGUAGGCAUUGUCCAGCAGCGCCAUGUGACGCUUCCCUGCCCUUCUUAGGGACUUUGGGACCCAAACUUGACCUUUGCCGACUGUAGUUUUAGAGGUUCAUUCUCGUAGCACGUAUUUAUUGAGUGGUUUACAAGGUGCCAGGCCUGUGUUGAUGUGUUUCCCAGUGUAAAUUUCAGCCACUUCAAAACUGAGUAUAUUUUGUACGUGUUGGAUUAGUUUUAACAAGUGGGAAGAAAGAGCCCCGGGGUAAAGCGGAGCCCCUUCAUUUCAGUGUUGCUUGGGGCUUAGACCUUGGCUCGCUCUGGGCGUGUCCGAGUUUGUCUGGGAGCCGCCCCACGCCCAGGGCCUGUUAUCUAGGUCGCCAGGCACAGCUGGACACCCACGACAGGUUGUUCCAGGAGUGACUUUCUGGUUGAAUCAGCUGCUGAAAUUCAGCACAGUAUUUUAAAGUGAUAUUCUGAUCAUAGAAAAUUCAAGGUGAUCAUAGAAAAUUCGAGCUGGAGCACUAUUUUAGAAACAUAAAUUUGGCUUAUUCUUAACUCAGGCUUGUGAGCCUCGUGAAUUUAAAGAUUUUUUUUUUUUUUGUACUGUACUGAAUGAAGUCCUAAAAUUAGAUUAUUCGUGGGGUAAAUUUUAAUCUUGAACUUUGAAAACCUAUGGACUUGGGCCUUGCAACGGGAUAUACAGAGACUUUUUGUUACAUUGGCACCUGAGCAGAAUGAAACCUCUUUCUGUUCAGUUUUGGCUGCCGUAGAAGAACAAUUUGUCACUGAAAGGAAGACCAUUUACUCCAGUGGCAGAAAAUGACUGGGCGUCCCUCCCCUCCCUUCUCCUCGCCACAAUGCUCCUGUGGACUUCAGGAUGCUGCGAAGCGCUCCAAAGACGCAGUGUGGGUGGAGUGAUUCCAGGGGCUGCUGCUACGGCCCUGUGGGGACAUGGGACAUCAGUCCUGCCCUCUUCUGGGAGGGCAUCACGACUAGAUUCUCGGUGGUUUCCCAGGAAGGUCUGCGGGCCCGGCAGCGCUGUGCCGGCGGAGGGGUCGCUGCAGCUCAGCAUGAUCCUGUGGCGUGAGAGGCACGUGAUCGACCACAAUGAGGCCAUGAAGUUCAGGUCAUAGGAACUUACGAUCAGGAAGCACUUAGUAUUUUGUCUGUCUACCCAUGCCCGGGCGCUGUGCCUGCCCUCUCGCCUGGUUCUUUCUGUCCUGAACAGGCCUUAAACCGUGAGCUAAGCUGGUUGCCCAGGCCCCCGUAUCUUCUGUCUCACCGAGGAGCAGGAGGGGUCAGCCUGGGCUGUCUUGGAGGCCAGGUGGCCUUCCUGGCGUUCAAAUGUCAGGAACCAGGGUCUUUGUGUGUCAAGACACCUUUGUUACUUGCAGCACUUUAAAAAAUAUGAAAGUUUACAUGUUCGCCCUCUGCAGGGAUCUUGUGAAGAACAUUAGCACACAGAGUGGAGCUGCUUGGGUCGGGCUGAUGGAUAGGCCCUGGCGCAGUGGGCGGCUCAUUGCGAGUUGGCCUGUGAGGCUCCGUGUCACUCACUGUGCAGCACAAUGUUCAGACGCGCCCACGGCGCAAAGGUGGCUGUAGUCUUUCUUAAAAGAUUAGAUGCUUAAUGCUGUUCAUUUGUUAACAAGCAAAUUUAAGGGAACUGCGUUUUGAGUCAGGCCUUCAGAGUGCCUGUGCGAACAGCACCAUGUUAGGUCUAAACUAGCAAUUGAGUUGAAAUGAGCUGUUUUACUAACUAGCUUAGAUGUUUUCUUACUGAGAAUUUUAAUAUGUUGGCACCUUUCAUUCAACUUUAAAAGAAUGAAAAAUUUCUCUUAUGGCAAGGAAGGGUUUUGUUUUUCUCUUUUCCAAGGAUUAGCUGCCAUUUUGUGUCUAGAGCUUUGAAUAGUUUAUGUUGACGGAAUCACUACAUCAUCACCACAUGGUGGGUGCUGACUGAGGCAGUGGUUCAUAGGAAUGUAAAGAGCGGGGUAGCCCUGAGCUGUUUUAGGGUGAAGGGAGUAUGAAGUGCCGCUUCGACAGAAGGGCCUCUUCAGAGAUGCAUUCCCCAGACCCAGUGAUGCUCUCUGGAGACCUCCAAGGUGCCUUGGGGGCGGCGUGGGGCAACACGGCCCUCCCCUUGGGGUGCAGGCCACAAGGCCGCCACCGUGAGCUCCGUUGCUGCCCUAACAUGCUCAUUUCUAAAGGGAGACCUGCGGGUAGGGUCAGCACUGACAGGAGAGCUGUAGGUCAGCACAGCUCAGUGUGAGAAAGGGUUAGGGUUUGCACGCAGGUGACAUGGCCCGAUGUCCUCCUGGCAUGGGCAUGUACACCUGCGGGUCUCCGAAGGUCAGGGCUGACCUGCGAGCUUCAGGCUCAUGUGGCGCCGUGCGGGACCCAGUCACGCUGUUUACAGGAAAUCAGAUUUCCUCAGCAAAGAGGAAUUUUGUUGAGUUCAGCUUGAAAUGCAGAAUAGAUGAGUGUGGUCGUCGAGGGCAAACGGAUGCAGACCCCCCCCCCCAGCCUCCCGGCCAUGCAGGAGCACUGGAAAGCAGCAGCCUUAUGAAGGUGCAGUGUCUUCUGCAGAGACGUCUGCCUGCCAUCUCUCCACAGUCACUGCUGGGCUGCGUGGGGCCAUUCUGUACACCAUGCAGUUCUGCCGCUAUCACUGCGAUGCCUUGGUCUUUGUCAUGAGGCUUAUGAUUUAAAGACCCAAUUGCUGUGUGAAGUGACUUGUUUGGAAGGAAUAAAUGAAGUGAAAAUACUGUUGUCUCAACUCUUCUUCGGCUGUGGGUGGAAGGCGGGGGACAGUGGGCGUACUCGUCACAUGUCAGCACGCCUAGGCCCACUCCCUCAACUUGUCCCACAAUCUGCCAGGUCUCACCUGGGGCGAGUGGGAUAACUGUCACGGGAGAACCCAGAACGUUUCUUCCUCUUAACACAGAGGGCAUUUGAAAAGUUCCCUCCCUUUUCCUAGUUCCUGAGGAUCAUCAGUCGGACGGGGCAUUCUCUUCACGGGACGAGCCCAGACCCUGGGUAAGGGUGGAAAUGGCAGCAUCACUGGGGUCUGUGCUGGAUCCUUCCAGGUGUCAGCACUAGGAACGUUUAUUACACACGACGCUGAAGUUUCUAGCACUGGCAGAGUCUUGGGCUCUCUAGCAGGAAAUCUUACCCUUUCCACCUCAGGGAAAGUUUAAAAGUAGGGAGCUGAGCCAAGUGUGGCCACUUUGUCACCCAGAACAAAGCUCGGGUCAGCACAGCUGCGAUGUGGGAGCCAAAAGGGUCUGGUGACCCUGAGGCGGCAGCAGCCAUGGUGCCAUCACUCCAGCCCAAGAAGCAAACGUUCUGUGUUCAUGACCUGGAAACUUGCUAGAAAUGCAACUUCUCCCAAAAGUAAUGCAAAGAUGCAUCACAGUGUCAGUGGCCUUCAGAGGGUUGCAUUUGAGGGCCUCCCCAGGGAUCGGCACCAGCUGGGGAGGCUAUGGUGGCCACACCCAGGUCAUUGGCCACUAAUCAGGACUAAACGUGCAGACAGUCUAGAGGUGGCGAAAGGCAGUGCUCGUG